CAGGUUUGUAGGUUCCACUUGAAAUUCCAACGUGUCAGCUCGACUACUAAGGAUAUUAUUUAGUUGUUUUCUCUUUACACCCUUGUUUUCUAUAACAUUAUCUUCACACAGUUGGUUAUAGAAAUGUUGAAUCGUAAUGGAGUUCAUUACGCAUUAGUUCACGGAACUAUAAUUGGAAUUACGGCAUAUCUUUCGUAUCUGUCUGACCCGGGCUCUAGUCUUUUCAGCUGGCAUCCAUUUUUGAUGGCGCUAAGCAUGCUGUUUUUGAUGAAUGAAGCUGUUUUGAUUUUUUCUCCCCAGUGGUCACUCCUUCCCAAGAAAUUUCACAAACAACUAUUCAUGGAUUGCCAUGUAUAUCUUCAGUUGGUUGCCUUAGUUGGAAUCGUUUUAGGUUUUGCUGCCAUUUAUAUGAACAAGGAAGACAAUGGAAAGCCACACUUUAAAAGUUGGCAUGGACUACUUGGGCUCAUUCAAAUUUUGCUCAUUAUAGGUCAGGCAUCAAUAGGAUCUCUAGCUAAAUAUGCAAAACUUCUCCCUGUCAAACUGAAUGUUGGCAAGAUCAAGACUUUCCAUGAUUUACUUGGUGCAAUUGUGAUAUUAUUUUCUAGCAUUAACAUGGUCACCGCCUGUUUCACAAAUUUUUUUGCAUCCCAAACACAUAUCCUUCUCGCCUACUUUUUUUCUGCUGCCUUUGUUCUCAUUUACGGAUUUGUUUCUCUCCGUGUUUUUAUGACAAACAGCCGAAUAGCCCAGAUUGUAAAGUAGGAUUUGUCUGUUGAAAUCGGAAGAAAUAUUCCCGUUUGAUGAUUUUUUUCCAAAACAAAAAAUGACCUUAAGUGCAACUUAAUUUGAACGCACAUGUUUCCUCAGUGCUUCCCGAUAUUUUCUGUUUGUGGUUGUUACUCAAUAAAAGGCAAUUAACAUUUUAUA